AAUGCAAAAAGUGCGACGUCUCCAUGUGUAAAAGAUCUCUGCAUAUUUGGGGGUCACUCGUACCAAAUCAGAAGUCGAAUGUUCGAGAAUGGGAUCUAGAACUUUAGCAUAAUAUGAGGCCUUUCAUUUUAGCAGACUGGAAGCACAAAAACUGAUCACGAAGGUUGCCCCUAGUCUGUAAGUUUAAUGGGUCACGUCUAGAACAGUGCCCGUUAAUGUCAUCAUCAUUAUCUUAUUAUUUUGAAACAGUAAUACAUCCACAAAUCCGACAUUUUUAAUCCGGACAUUUCUCUUAUCAAGCGUAUUAUGUAAUCAUCAAAUCUUGGUAUAGUAAUGAUAGCUGAUGCUAUAGCUAUGUUUUGCCAGGUGAAGCGUUUGUAUCUGUUUAAUAUGUGAUUGUGAUUUAGUUGUAUAGUUUGUUGUAAAUACACACAUCUUUUCCGGUGGAUAUUAGCUGUCAUUCAAUGUCAGGAGGUGUAAAAUGUUGACAAAAUUAUGCAAGCUUACACAAUAAUUACUGAAUCUGUCAUUGUGAAUUUAUACACGUCUCUGCUUUCCCUGUAUGUUGAUGCAUACACUCUACUUCUCUCUUAAUUUAUCCGUCCCAUAUCGUUUGUUUUUGUGUCUCUGGUUGUAUUUGAAUUUGAUACACCCCUUUCUUCUACUUCACCAAAUGAAAUGACAGUCUCGUUGUUUCUCUUAUGUUUAUCUUUCAAUCUUUUAUCUAAGUUUCUCGUUGUUAUCUCAUCUUCUUCCCGCUUCCCCUCUUUCUUUUCUCUCUUUCUUUCUUUUUCUUUUUCCUUUUUAUUUCCUUCGCCUUUCCUUUCUUCUUUUUAUUGUUCUUCUUCGUCCUUUUUUUCUGUCUCUAUUUAUUUCUGUUCGUAUAAUUUCUUACUUACCAAAUACCCCAUACCAAUGUGCCGUUUUCGGGGGGACAUGUUUAAAAUGAUAAAAUACGAAAAUCCAGAAUUUCUCUGUUACAAACAUGUACAAUUUAAAUUGGUAAAAAUAGAUUACAAUCACAAACUGCAAAGGUUAUUACCCUCCUUAAUUACAGCACGAGUUGAUGGAUGUGGAUAUGAUACAGCAACCUUGUCGACCACUUCAGUCAAAUCUGCGGGCCUCGAGUCACUCCAACCAUCGUCCGAUGCGGCUACAAUUGAACUACCCGAUGGCAGCAUUAUCAAGGAAGAGUUUCCCGGAGAACAGCCCAUCUCUGCCGAUGGCUCUCCGCUACCAACCAGUCGACUGGAAGGUCAGCUAGAGACGCAAUUAUCUCUGGAGGCACUCGACGGGUUCCUCCUCGUCAUCACGGUGGAUGGAACAAUCCUCUACGCUACAGACAACAUGUCGAGUCACCUUGGCUUUCAUCAUGUCGACCUCGUGCACCGGUGCAUCUACGGGAUCGUUCACCCCGACGAUCAUCAGGAGCUGCGCGUCAUUCUGGAGGAAACCUUGGGUGUAUCACACCAGAGACAAUCCAUGCAGGGUGCUAUGUCGGGAGCUGAGACCACAAUGCCCUUGAGGGGUGCCGGUGCAAGCCGCGAGAUUUCAUUUCUCUGCAGAAUGAAAUGUUUCAACGGCACAAACACUGGCUUCGUGAAAAUGCAAUGUACAGGCACGAUGAAGUCGCUGCCCGACGCGCAGCGGGUUGGCCACGCUCCUCAUCAGGUACUGUUUGCCGCCUUUCGUCCUUUCAUCCUCCUUUCGGCAGACACGGACAUAGAAUCAAAGCCGGGUACAUUCUGGACAACACAUGACCUCGAUCUCAACGUCGCCUCCGUCGAGAACAGGUAUUGUGAGAUUACUGGUAUAGACUCCUCACAUCUGGAAGGCAAAUCUUUGUAUCAUCUUAUUCAUCCUGACGAUCUGCUAGCCGUCUAUGUCUGCCAUAAAACAUUGAUAGACACGGAUGAGGUCCAUACGAUGUUCUUUCGCCUAAUGCGUCUGGAUGGCACCUGGCAAUGGCUCCACACUAGAGGGCAUGCGGUCACCAAGAAUGGCCGAAAGAAUUCUCUUGUCUUCGCUCACAGUCCAGUGAGAGAGGAAGACAUACAGUUACUGCGCCAAGAAUCUACAUCCAGGAAUCGUUACGGACAGGAGGACCUUUUGAAGAUGUUCAUGACAACGCAGUCGACGGAUCAAUCUGACCAACUCAGUGCAGGACCGUCAAGCAGUAGCAGUACGAGUACGAGCAACAUGGACAGUGUACCGCGGAGGAGGUGGAUGAGUAAUGACACAUACGUAGUAGCGAGUCAGACAGGCCCAAAGCUCAAAGACGACUACUCCGUGUCGUUGCACAGUCCACAUGGCACUUGUCCUUCGACGUUUCAUCAGGCAUCGGAUAAUCAGGGUCAGGACAACCCUGAGCAUGGAGUGUUUUCAGCCAAGAGGAAGAUUCAAGAAGAUGCCAUGAAUGAAGAUCAUGGAUUCCAAAUGAGUGUUGGGACAAUGCCACAGACGGACAUUCCAUACGCCAUGGCAAGCAGUUACUACAGCCCACCGCAGUUGGGGUAUGGAGAUCCAUCAUUGUACGGCGGGUUUGAGCACCAGCCGUUGUCGAUGUACCAGAUGGUUGCGCACCUUCCUCCUGAGAUGUACGAUGCUGAUUCGUAUCGGAAGCACGCCAUGCGUAUCAGCGCAGAGAUGCAGCAAGAAGACUUUCUCAUCGCUUCACAUGGAGGCUUCGGCUCCCAAUAUCACCUGCCACCAACACCACAAACAUCGCCACCAUCUGCCUACCCUGGAGAAUCUUCCUACCACGUGCAGUACAUGCCUAGCGAGCCCAUGUGUGGGGUGACGGCGCCACCGUCACCGCCACCGUCGCCAAUUGCGUCAGGUUACCAGGGGACAACAUCAACCCCUUUGACAACAGCUAGCACCACGUCUGGUGAUUGUAGCAAAAGUGGCUACGCGAUGGACUGUUGCACAGGACAUGUUCCUUCAAGGACAGAGUAUUGUGCGUCGUAUAUAGUCAAUGGUGCAGUACAGGUCAAGCUUGUCAGUGGUGCACAGACGGGUAACCAUCCUUACACCGACUACGAGUCAUCGUAUUUGCCGUCGUCGUCUGCAGCGUACUCGCGGAGAGACCUCUACGACCAAUGCGACAAGAAACCGUUCCAGCAUUAUCAGGACAAGUCCGUCUUGUCCGAGUGGGAAUCAGCUGUCCGUGGGUCCAGUGACUAUACUGUCGGUGGGUCAAAUCCUAGCUACCUUCAGAAGACAUUCCUGCCAUGUCCAUUGGCCAGCACGAAGUCCGGUUGCUUGGCGCAGAAAACUUUCCGCCUGGAUGAUGCCGAUUUUAAAAGCAGAGCAGCUGCCCUGUUGCACCAGGGAGCUCUCUCGGAACUGCCCCCUAUUGGUAGUUUUCUCGAUUUUCUCAAUGAGGAACUUAAUGCUUUACAGUCAUAAAAUGUCAACUAAAAUGUAUUCAUUAGGAUUAAAAAUUAUUUAUCAUAAUUAUUCUUUACACUUUGUUGUUUGGUUGAUUUUUCACUAAAUCAGUUUAAUGAUGCACUAAAUGCACUGUCAAGUGUCUCCAAAUUUACCACAAAAUUGUUACUAAAAUGACGAUAUUCUUAAUUACUUCGUUGGCAGAAAUAAUAAUGUAGCACGGGCUGUUGGCAAUUACAUAUGGGUGUAGGCAAUUUUGCUCUUUAAGAUUGCCAUUUAUCUUUUAAUUUGAUAUGAAACGUCAUUGUUGUUACAAAGAUAAGUGUUACAAAGAUAAGCUAUAUGCGCAUAAAAAAAAUGUUUCCUUGGAGCUGGUCACAAAUUUAGGUCUCAUGCUCAAAAAUGCUAAAAACGUCCUAACAAGGAUAUUAAUAUCAAUAUCAAGUUCUGGCAAGAGUUAACAAAAUGACAUUUUUAUGCCACGCGGAAACAACCAUUAAAGAACUAAUAGCAUAUUUUGUCUCAAAUGUGUAAUGGUUGCAACUGUAUUGGACAUGGCGGAGUAUGUCAUGAUUUAUCUUUCCAUCUCUUACAUAAUAAUAUAAAUUAACAAAAUUGCUUAAAAUAUGGAAACAACCGUGCAAUAUAUUUGUGGCCAUUGCAAAGUGUGCAACAAAACAAUAAUAUUAUCAACCACCAUUCUGAACAUGACUGAUUAUUUAACAAAUAAUUAAUCUUUACGUCACCAAAAAUGUACGAUAAUAAAGAUUUAAAAAAAGCAAAAUGAAGUCAAUUUAAACCAUGCUGUCUUUCCUUUGCCAUGGAUUUGCUUGAGGAGUAAGAAAACGUAAUGAAAUAUUGAAUCUUAAAAUUGCAGACAAUCAUUAGUAUGUUGGUUUAGCUAGCUAUAGUGAAAUAGCUAAGAAAUAUUUUUUAAUUUUUCUAUUUAAUUUUAUUGGGUGACAUAAGGUCAAAAUAACGUAAUAUACAUUCUUGUGUAUCCUUGACAAGUGGAAUUUCCGUAAAAACCUUUUAAUUUAUUAUUGUCUGUCAUUUCGAGUAUCACAGUAUAUUUCAUAUUCAUCUGAAGGAACUCUACUUAUGAAUUGUUGAGGUAUAGCUCCUACCUGUUAAUUUUGAUAUAUGUUUUCUUUUAUUUGAUUAACGAAGCCAGAGUGAGCGUCAUAUCUGCUCUACCACUGCCUAUGCUUCACCGUAGUACAACAUUUGGGAAUUGCUAGCAGAUAACACGAUUUUUGUCCUUGUUUAUCCCUUUACUAUAUAGCCUAUUUUCAUAGGUGCGCUUUUAACAUUACUAUUUCAUCAUUUAGAGACUAUUUAGAAACUUGAGUAUUUGAUAUGUAUAUAUACUAGCUCUCAUUCUGUAUAAAUAGAUCUCAGUUUUAAGAUACUUCUUUUGUACGAUUCAUUAUACUGUAUGUAUAUAUCUAUAACUUGCACUCGAGACAUUGCCAAAAUACCAUUUGCCAAAUUUGAACAAGUUUUAUUUUGUAACAUAUUUAAAUGUAGUAACUAUUAUCAUACGGUAGGAGGAAGAUUGUUCAUAUUGAUGCCAUUUUAGUGUAAGUGCGUGGAAUGCUGCUCUGAAUGAAAAAGUUGAAAGAAGAAAAAAAAAUCAAAAUUGGACUAUGCUCUAUUGGUUUCAACUACAAUUUUUAAUGGGCAUUAAGAUUAUGUUAGGAUUGGGGUGACGAAAGUUUAUGUCUGGCCUAUAUACAUAACCAGAUAUCCCAACCUCUGACGCGCAUAAAAUGCGGGGGGGAAAUACGUUAGCAUCAAAGGGCCGAAGAUGACCCGGACGGACCAAUUUGAUGUAAUUAACACUGGACACAAAUUAGCAUGCAUGCUGCUAUAAGAAUGAAUAUUGUUCGGGAUAUUAGCUCGUUUGGAUAUUCCACAGGCAGCAUUCCAUAGGAGGUUCACUUAGUAGAGGAAUUAAUGGCCCUCAAAAUGUAGACCAGUACUUUAUAACAGACUUUAGAGCUGAAAUCAUAUUGAUGAAUUAGGGUAUAUUUAUUUGUACAUUCUUCGAUAAAUAAAAAUCUAGAUAAAAAUACUGUGCC